CAGCUGUGUUUUGUGAUUAGCUUGACUAGCGGCGCGGCUGUUUAUUCUCUGUGUUGAAAACACGAGCACCGCGCCGAACAGACGCCGCUCCUCUGCGGACUCUGAACACCCAGAUGUGGGCUGCAUGCUGCUGGACUUGGGCGUCUUUGGAAAAAAAAGUUUCUAGUUUCUAAACAGCAGAAUAUUUAUUUCUGCUUCUGUUUUUGCUCAAAUAUGGAGGACUAACGCCCGCGCGGAGCUUCUGUGGAUUCAGUUUGGUGACGAAACCGAACUUUCCCGACCUGCUCGGAGUUCAAGUAAAACCACCCAGACAUCUGAGCCGACAGAGACGCGUCUACUCUGGAGGAAAGAGGCCGAGCAAGGCGCCACGGACAAAGAAUCGGGCAUGUUCGGCGUGUGAGUGCUCGCCCGAACACGCAAUGAAAACCCGGCGAUGAUCGACUUCUUUGAAAGUUGGGAAAGACUGCGCACGAAAGAUGAGGACAAAGUUAUGCUUUUGAAUUAGAAUUCUUCUCGAGGGCCUCCAAACAGUGAGGUGUCACUGCCAGCAUGUGCGGAGUACCCGCGGAGGAGCAGCACGGGGAGAUCUCCGACUCUGAUCGGGACGCCUCUGUGGGGGAGAACCAGAGUAAGGUCCAUCCCCCCGUCAGCGUGGUUCUGGCCACCCUGCUCUACUGCGCGGAGUUCGUGUCCGCGGCGGUGCUGAUCAGCAUGUACCACAAAUCUGGAGACGUCAUCUGGAUGUGGUUCACCCUCUUCUUCGUGGUGUUUCCCGCUGUCCUCACGCAGCUCACGCUGACGUUCGUCCACAGGGACGUGGGCCGGGACCGGCCUCUGGUCCUGCUGCUGCACCUGCUGCUGCUCGGGCCCAUCAUCCGGUGUUUAGAAGCCCUCAUACUCUAUUGCAAAGCCGGGAAAAUGGAAGAUUCUUACGUCACCAUCACCAAAAGGAACUUCCUGAAGAAGGGCCAGAGGAUGGAACGGGAGAUUCACAUUGGCCAGGUGGAACGCAACCUGGCCACCCACAGGGACGCCUUUGAACGCACCACCGUCAUCCAGGCGUUCCUGGGCUCCACCCCCCAGCUGACACUCCAGCUGUACGCCGCAAUCCAGGAGAGAUAUGUCCUUGAUGGAAGACUGGCUCUGAUGAUCAUCAGCCUCAUCUCCAUCAUCUACGGCGCUCUGGUGUGCAACGUUCUGGCCAUCAAGAUCCGGUACGACGACUACAAAGUGCGGCUGCGCCCCGUGGCUUACUUCUGCAUGAUAGUGUGGAGAGGCUUGGAGAUCGCCACCCGGGUGACGGCUCUGGUCCUCUUCAGCACGGCCCUCACUCACUGGGUGAUCCUCGUCGGCUUGCUGAACUUCUUUUUCUUCUUGCUUCUCCCCUGGGUGAGGCUUUGGUGCAAAAAAACCUCCCCUACUGGCGACGUGGAGAAAAACUUCUCUAAGCUGGGCACCUGCAUCGUGCUGAGCUUGUUCACGGUGCUGUUCGCCUGCAUCAACAUCUUCUGCUGGUCGGCAGUGCAGCUGGACCUCGCCGACAAUGACCUCAUUGAGAAGAAGCACAACUGGCUUCAACUGGCGAUGUACUACUCCGGACGCUUCGUGGAGAACCUGCUCCUCAUCACGCUCUGGUACUUCUUCAAAUCGGACUUCUAUGAGUACGUGUGUGCGCCGCUGCUGGCCGUCCAGCUGCUGAUCUGCUACAGCCUGGCCGUGCUCUUCAUGCUGCUCUUCUACGAGUUCUGCCACCCCUUCAGGAGCCUCUUCCAGCACAACAUCCACAACUGCCUUCAGUGCAGCUGCCGACAGAAGAGCAGGAGGAGGCAGGAGGCCACCUCACAUUCAUACUCCACAGCCCCCACUUUGGUGCGGGGAUCGAGGGAACAUGUGGAGCUGCUGAUGCCCCUUCAUCCAGAGAACUCCGCUCUGAGGGGGGACCGGCCGAUGGCUUUCGAUGAAAACACGAUGGAGGCAGCUUGAGACAAAAUAAAAUGAAACACAAGCCUGUA